UGUAUUUGAGGAUUGAGGACUGUGGACUUCCUUGUAGGAGGGAGCUGGUUUGAGAGGGGGUGGGACGUUCCCGGUCGGCCAGUUCCGCAGGUGUGCAUGCCUGCUAGAUAGAGAACAGACACAACAGGUGCUCCAGCCCGAAGUGAAAAGUGACUGAACUCUGAUUUGCUUUUUCGUUUGUCACAGUGCAGGAUGUUGUACACGGAGCUGCUGCGGCUGUGGGACGAGGCGGUGAGGGCCAUGGACGCCCGUGACUGGCGCCGGGCCCUGGAGCUGGCGGGUACGGUCGCGGAGCCCAACUCUCGCACCCUGUUCAUAGAGGCCUCCGCCCACCUCGCCCUGCAGGAGCUGGAGCCUGCGCUACAGGCGCUGAACCAAGUCAUCCUCAAGGAUGGACGUCUGGCGGUGGCGUUCUUCCAGCGCUCUGCAGUGCUAUUGCAGCUGGACAGGCUGGAUGAUGCUCUCUCUGACUGCAUCUGGGCUAAGAAACACAUGAGAGAUAAUACAGUGAUAGACUACAGGCAGCUGGGCCUACCCCAUAAACUGUUCAGUUGGCAGGUGGUGUACAACUCAGCAGCUGUGUACUCCCGGAUGGGCCAGUGGGAACAAGCCAGGGAGCUCUUGCUGUCCGCUUCCCAGGAGAAAGGAGCCAUGCGGAGCAGCAGUAUCGCGCCGGGCCUGGAGAGCAUCUCUAGGGGGGAGGUUCUGAACCCAAUCCUGGUGCCAGAUGGGGUUGUCUUCAGGCCCAGGAAACAGGAAGUAGAACAGCUCCAACAGAAGGACUUUCUUGGAAAGGCCAAGGUAAUCACCUCUAUGAUUCCCAACGAUGACUUCGGAGGUUUUGAACCACUGAGGAUGCAGAAACCAGGAUACUACGAACCCAAAAAAGAGGGAGCAGACGAAACUCGCUACAUGCGCAUUCGUGCUCCUUAUAUGGCCCGGGGGCGGGGUCAGCUGACGAUUCCAGGCGGAGCUACCGUCUUCCUCUACGACGAGGUCGAUAAAGACGGCAUGGCAACUGUAAUAUAUGAUGGACAGAGAGGACUUCUACCCAUGACCCUGCUUGACCCCAUCGACCUGAAGAAAGCCAAAGGCAAGAGGGGAGAUAAAAUUCCCAGCGGGAUUCCCCUGCCCCCGGGCGUCCAACCACCCACUCGCCCACGGUCCCAGCCCAGCACAGCUGCUCCCGCCCCAGAGACUCCACCCCCAUCGUACUCCAACGCGACGCUGAGGAAUCAGGCCAGCGAAGACCCUCCCGUCUUCCUGCCGAACUCCGACAGCAUCGACCAGGAGGAUGUGCCUGACGGGGAGGAGCAGGUGGUGGUGAAGGUCCACUUCACGUACACCCUGGCUCUCAGCAUCAACCCCUAUGCCUCCUACAAGGAGCUCCAGGACAGGAUUGCCCGCAAGUUGGGCCAGCCGCCGACCAACCUCCGCCUCAGGCACCGAGCGUCUGGCUCCCAACUGCUCACGCCCCUUGAGCCAGGCAGCGGGUCGGGUGAGGAGUCGUACCCACUGCUGCCUGUGGUAGAGGAGGGGAGAGCUACUCUGUGGUGCCAGCUGGAGGACCCUCUGGCGGGCCGCGCCAUCCUCUACCACAUGGUGGCGCUGUACGACUACACAGGCAAGGGUCCUGAGGACCUGGAGUUCAGCGAGGGAGAGACCAUAGACAUCCUUGGAGAAGUUAAUGAGGAGUGGUUGGAGGGACACUGUGCUGGAAACAUCGGCAUCUUCCCGCGCUGUUUCGUCUACAGUGAAAGCGCCGUGACAGAGAAGUCCAUCCUCUGAAAAACAGGCUAAGACCACACUGCAACCACGCCAUAUCCAGCCUACAACCAGCACAUAACCAGCCUACAACCACAUCCCAACCACAGAAAAAACAGCCUACAACCACAACAUAACCAACCUACAACCACAUCAUAACCAGCCUACAACCACAUCCCAACCACAGAAAAAACAGCCUACAACCACAACAUAACCAACCUACAACCACAUCAUAACCAGCCUACAACCACAUCAUAACCACAGAAAAAACAGCCUACAACCACAACAUAACCAACCUACAACCACAUCAUAACCAGCCUACAACCACAUCCCAACCACAGAAAAAACAGCCUACAACCACAACAUAACCAACCUACAACCACAUCAUAACCAGCCUACAACUACAUCGCAACCACAGCAAAACCAGGCUGCAACCAGACUAUAACAACCCACAAUUACAAACAGAAGAAAUAUUUAUUGCAGGGGGUUAAGCUGUGGUUUUGUCUAUACAAGUGUAGUUAUUUUUCUAUAGUGAGCAUAUUACUAUUUACUUAUGACUUAUUACUUAUUAUACAGAAAAUGUUCGGACUGAAUUCCUUAUAUAUGUUUGUUUUUUAAUACAUUCAAACUGUUGUUAUGCACCACUCUCUGAUACUAAUCAAGUAAUUAAUUUAGGGACCUUCUCUUCUAGAUUAAUGUGGUUUGGUCCUUUGAUCGUGUCUGAUCUUAUCUUAAAAUACAUAAAAAAAUCGUAAAAGAUUACUGUUUGACGAAUAAAUUAUCUUUUGGGAAAAUG